AUUGUUGUUAUUUCAUUUUAAUCUCUGAUUUUAAUGCGGCUUGACGAGAUGCGCGAGGAAACAAAGAUGGGCAGAAGAACAAGUGUGCGCGUCGCGGUGGACAAGUGUCUGCGCGGCUCUUUCAGGUGAACCGGUGCGCGUUCGCGGAGGUUCCCGGCGGUCGGGUGGGGUAAGAUGAGGGGGCUUUCUGACCCUCCGACCCUGAUUGAUCACUCAUUACUCGUCCCUCCACUCUAAUGAGAUCCACUCAAGUGUGGGGGGGGCGGCGUGGGGCACUUGCGUGGAUGCGCUCCGUCCUCCUCAAUCCGCCUUCAAGUGCUUUACUUUCUGCUUUAAGGGGCAAAAAGGGGUCGUGCUUAACAUUAUAAGGGGGUGGGGGGGGGGGGAUAAGAUCGUCGCCUCGCUGGAGUGCAAGGAAGGGAUCCGCUCCUGGCCAAGAAGAAGCCGCGAGGAAGCUUGAAGGAGAAAACCCUCCCGAGAUCCCAUCCUGACACUUACUCCUUUGUAUUGUUUCUUCUUGCGAGAAGUUCUUCUCCUCCUUCCUACUCCUCCUCCUCCUCCUCCUCCUCCUCCUCACUCUUGUUGGAAAAUGAAACUUUGCGCAUCUCUGCCCGGUCUGCCGCCCCUGCUGCUGGUGCUGGUGGCCACCAUCUCCAUCCUGAGCUGUGGAUCAGAGUGCGGGACGCUGUGGUCCAGGGGAAGGUCCAAAAGGGACUUGGUGCGCAUCAGGGAAGCCCGGGCCACCUUCCCCGGGGCUUGUGGAACUCGGCUGCCCCGGGGGAAGCGCUCCUUGGCCGCACUGGACCACCACCGCCACCCUCACCAGCAGCCCAGCCGGCGGCGCUCCUCCCCGCCGCUGGACAGCUCUCCGGGGCCGGGCAAAGCCGUCUACUUCACGGGCAGAGGAGACCAGAUACGGCUGAAGCCCAGCGUGGAGAUACCCAGAGGGAACUUCACUCUGGAGAUGUGGAUCCGAGCCGAGGGGGGUCAGAGAUCCCCUGCUGUCAUCGCAGGUUUAUAUGACAAGUGCUUCUACGCUUCCAGUGACCGAGGCUGGCUGUUGGGCAUUAAGACAAUGAGCGAGCAGGGCAACCGCGACCCUCGCCUCUUCUUCUCCCUUAAAACCGACCGUGCCCACAAGGCCACUUCCAUCACAUCUAAUGCUCGCUACCUACCCAACCACUGGAUGCAUGUGGCGGUCACCUACAAUGGACUGCAGAUGAAGCUGUUUGUGAAUGGGGCCCAGGUGGCUGUAAGCCGUGAACAAUCGGGUGAGGUCUUUAGUCCGCUCACCAGGAAGUGCAAAGUGCUCAUGCUGGGUGGCAACGCCCUGAGCCACAAUUACCGAGGUGCUGUCGAGACUCUGAGCCUCUGGCGGGUGGCACGAUCUCAACUAGAGAUCACACAGGACAUGCAAGGCUCACCACAGCUACGGGACCCAGCAGAGCUUGUGCUGACUGAGACUUUUGAGCACCCAGCACGCAAGUGGCUGACUGUGAAGGACGGCGCCUUUCCGGAGCCUGUGUCCGAUUCUUUUAGAGGGGGGUUGCUAGAUGCGGCCUUGGAACCGCCACCAUGUGGCCAGACGGUCUGUGAUAAUGUGGAGGUUGCAACCAACUACAACCGCUUCUGGAACUUCCGGCGGCCCAAGACGGUGCGCUACCGUGUGGUGAAUGUGCACGAUGACAAUGGUCGGAAGCCCACCGUCACACCACAGCAGAUCCACCUCCAGCACCAACAUCUGAACGACGCCUUUGCCCCCUACAACAUCACAUGGGAGCUGAGCGUGCACGAAGUGCGCAACUCCUCGCUCCGCCAGCGCCUGGUGUUGGCCAACUGUGACAUCAGCAAGGUAGGGGAUGAGGAAUGUGACCCGGAAUGCAGCCACACGCUCACGGGCUUUGACGGUGGAUACUGCAAGAAGCAGAAAGGCAGCUGUCCUGGGCACAAGCUGGGAAAUGGCCGCUGUGACCCCGAGUGCAACUGGGACAACUACAACUAUGACAACGGAGAUUGCUGCAACCCCAACAUCACUGACGUGACCAAGAACUGCUUCAACCCAGCCUCGCCUCUCAGGGCUUACUUGGACGUGAAGGAGCUGAAAGAGAUCUUGAAGCUGGAUGGUUCCACACACCUCAAUGUCUUCUUCGCCAACUCCUCAGACGAAGACCUGGCCGGGGUCGCCACUUGGCCAUGGGACAAGGAGGCCCUGACACAUUUGGGUGGGAUUGUCCUGAACCCUUCCUUCUACGGCACUUUUGGCCACACCCACACCAUGAUCCAUGAGAUCGGCCACAGCCUGGGUCUCUACCAUGUCUUUCGCGGAGUCUCCGAGGUGGAGUCCUGCAACGACGCGUGCCUGGAGACGGAGGCCUCCCUGGAGACGGGCGAUUUGUGUGCCGACACCAACCCCACACCCAAGUACAAGCACUGCCGGGACCCUGAGCCCGGCAACGACACCUGCGGCCGUCGCCACUUCUCAUACACACCGUUUCAUAACUACAUGAGCUACACAGAUGAUGACUGCACGGACUCCUUCACUCUGAACCAGGUGGCAAGGAUGCACUGCUACCUGGACCUCAUCUAUCAAUCGUGGCAGAUGGACAGCCGGCCACCACCAGUUCCACUGGCACCCCAGGUGGUGGGGCAGGAACAGGACGCCAUCACGCUCGAGUGGUUCCCACCCAUCACAGGCCACUUCUACGACAGAGAAGUGGGAUCAGUGUGUGACAAGUGCACAGAGGGGAGGGUCCUCAUGCAGUAUGCCUCCAAUUCCUCCUCACCACGUCCAUGCGCCCCCUCGGGACACUGGAGUCCACGUGAGGCCGAAGGCCCUCCAGAUGUGGAGCAAGCAUGUGAGCCCAGUGUUCACACCUGGAGCCCCAACGCUGGCAUGGAGCCCAGUACGGUGGGCUCUCCGCCAUGCCCUCAGCAGGGCUGCAUGCUCCAGCUGGAGUUUGCCCAUCCGCUGGUGCCUGAUACCCUCACAGUGUGGGUCACCUUCUACUCACCUGAGGAGAGCCAGCUGCCUGCCAUCCACAACAUUGUGCUUCUGACGGUGGGCGGUCGCAAUGUCUCUCUGGGGCCGGCGCAUGCCUUCUGCGACACAGCACUCACACUGCGGCUCUCCGUGGCCGAGGAGGUCUAUGGUGUGCAGUUUUUCACCACCGAGCAGCACCUGGAGAUCGACGCCGCUCUGCUCGCCUCAAAGCCCAACUGCCCACUUUGCCGGAACUGCCAGCCUCUCCUCUAUCGCCUGCUGCGUCAUCCGCCAUUCCCUGAUGCCCCACUGGGCCGUGACAUGCCCGACUCCAGCCGCAGAUAUGUGGACAGGGAUGUGGAAGCUGGGACAAUUUACACAUACCGAGUGGUGACCAUCUCGAGGGGAACCGAGAGCGAGCCUUCCCCAGAACUCACCCACGAGCUUGGAGCACCUUACUGUGGCGACGGGGUCAUUCAAAAGUUUCUCGGCGAAGAGUGUGACGACAUGAAUUCCGCCAAUGGGGAUGGCUGCUCCAGCCGCUGCAGGAAGGAGCCGUUUUUCAACUGCGUUUAUGAACCCAGUCUCUGCUACUUCUAUGAUGGAGAUGGCAUGUGUGAGGACUUUGAACGGGAGACCAGCGUGCGAGACUGUGGUCUGUACACUCCCAGUGGCUUCCUGGACCAGUGGGCCCAAACAGUGGAAGCCUCCCAUGAGGAGCGUCUGUACUGCCCCGCUGAGGUGGCUGCUGGGUACCCAACACUGACCAAGACCUGCCAGUCCAAAGUGUUUGACCUGUCAGAUGGAGUAUCUCAAUAUGCCUGGUUCCCCUGUCGUGAAUCUCCACAACCCAGCUGGCAGCCCCAGUACUGGCUCAAGGCACACUUUUCUCACCCUAUGGUGGCCACAGCGGUCAUUAUACACCUGGCUGCUGAUGGAACCAGCUACAUCGACCAGACACAGCGCAACGUCACUGUUCAGCUCAUCGACAUCAAUGACCAGACGCACAGCUUAGGUGAGUGGCGGCUGACCUGCAGAAACAACCCUCUGGUGGUCCCUGUGGUCCAUGACCUAAGUGUGGCCUUCUACCGCACACGGGCCAUCAUUGUGUCCUUCAGCUCCCACCUGGUAGCCAUCUCUGGUGUGGGCUUGCGCUCCUUCCAGUACUUCGACCCCAUCACCAUCAGCAGUUGCCAGAGCAAUGAGAUUUACAACCCCAUGGGUCAGAGCUGUGUCCAUUACUCCUGUGAGGCCAUUGAGUGCCCAGAGCCAUUGGUGCGCAAUGCAGAGGUGACCUGCAACAGCCAUGGGUACCUCAAUGGGGCUCGUUGCACUAUCAUCUGCCGUCGUGGGUACGUGCUUCAGAUCCACAGGGAUGAUGAUAUCAUCAAGACCCAGUCGGACUCCACUGUGACAAUAACCUGUGCGGACGGCAAGUGGAACAAGCAGGCGUCCUGUGAGCCUGUGGACUGCGGCCUGCCGGACAAGUAUCAUGUGCACCCAGCCAUUUUCAGCUUCCCUGAGGGCACAACGUAUGGCAAGCAGUGCACGUUCGAGUGCAGGGAUCCCGCACAGCUUGUUGGCUCCAACAACACGCUCACGUGCCUAGAGGAUGGCCUGUGGUCAUUCCCCGAGGCGCUGUGCCAGCUCCGCUGCCCUGCGCCUCCACCCAUGCCCCACGCCACACUGCAGACCAAGCGCUGUGCUGCCAGUGACCUCAAGGUCGGCUCUCUCUGCAAGUACAAGUGUGAGCCGGGCUACCACGUCACCGGCAAGCCCAGGAGGCGGUCCUUCAAGGUACAGUGCACAGAGGAUGGCAGCUGGCUGGAGGGCUCAUGUGAGCCAGUCACCUGUCCUCCUCCACCACCUAUCUUCUAUGGGGCUUACCAGUGCACCAACAACUUUCAGUUUGACAGUAACUGCUGGAUUGACUGCGGCGCCAAUGGCAGUGGUAGUCAUAGCAGUGGCGGUAAUGGCAGCGGCAGCAACGACACGGUGAGGCCAGCUGCUCCAUGCCAUCAGAACCCAAACAACAAUGUGAUUAGAUGCAAGAAAGAUGGGAAUUGGACCGGGUCCUUCAAGCUCUGCCCUCAUAUUAAGGGACAGUGCUCCCUUCCUCAGAACCUAAACCCUAACGUCCGGCUGAACUGUAAGAAAGGCCACGGAAUAGGUGAAGAGUGUGAGUUGACAUGCAAAGACAUGAACAGCAAUGUGGUUCUCCUUCAUAGCAACGUAACCGCCGACAUUGCCAUGAAACAGUACUGGAUGAACCCACCCAAAGUGAAGAGCAUUGUAUGUACCAUGGGACUACGGUGGUAUCCUCACCCGGAGGACCUUCACUGCAUCAAAGGCUGUGAGCCUUUCAUGGGUGACAACUAUUGUGAUGCCAUCAACAACAGAGCCUUCUGCAACUAUGAUGGAGGAGACUGCUGCCAAUCCACAGUGAAGACCAAAAAGGUGAUUCCGUUCCCCAUGUCCUGCGACAUCCGCAGUGACUGCGCGUGCCGGGACCCGAAUGCCCAGGAAAACAGGGACGGGAGCCAUGCUGGGGCACUGGGCUGAGCCAAGUGAGGGACCUUCCGCAGGGAGAGGGGCAACAUGCUGCUUACAGGAGAGCCUCCCCGCCUCACACUGCACCUCUCACCUCCUGCAACUUGCCAGCCGCACCAUACUUGGA